AACCCGAUUAGCGGCCUGUCGGCGGUGAAGUGCGCCCAGGGCCGCAAUUACGCCAAAAACAAGUUGGGGGUAAAAUCCGCUGACUCUGCAGAAAUCGCAACAGCGCUCUUCAUAUUGCCGGGCAUUAUUUAGCUCGUCGCUUAAAUCCUGCAGCCCAAGAUCAAAUUCAACUAGUCCAGCUACCAAUCCCGGCUAUUCGGUCCGACGUUGCGGGUACUCAACCCAACUCACUGUGACCCCCCCGUAAACCAACCUUAAAUCUGCCGUCUUGGCCGCUCCCCCUUCUCAUCUUCAGUGGCGACCAUUGCGCAUUCAAUCCUUCAGAUUCUACUUCUGUACGCACCUUUGGGUUAUUUUGAUACUAUGAAAUCUUUACUAUGGAGCGCAGGCUUGUGUAGCCUCGCGACGGCAGUGCUGGCUGCCAAUGAGGCGACAUCACCUCCAGUAUACCCUACGCCUGAAGGCAAGGGUCAAGGACCUUGGGCAGAAGCGUAUCAAAACGCAAAGGCCCUCGUCUCACAGAUGACGCUGGAUGAAAAGGUCAACAUCACCAGAGGCUUCAAGGGUGACAACAUUUGCGCGGGCAACACCGGCUCUGUUCCUCGCCUUGGCUGGCCCGGCAUGUGUGUCCAUGAUGCUGGAAAUGGUGUCAGAGCUGCUGAGCUCGUCAACUCAUACCCAUCUGCCAACCAUGUCGGAGCUAGUUGGGAUAAGAACCUCACUCACCAGCGCGGGUACUACAUGGGCAAGGAAUUCAAAGCAAAGGGCAUUAACGUUAUGCUGGGCCCAAAUGCUGGGCCGCUGGGUCGUUCACCUCUUGCAGGACGAAACUGGGAAGGCUUCUCCGUUGACCCGUAUCUAUCUGGCCAACUCAAUGCCGAAACAAUUAUUGGCUGCCAGGAAGGCGGUACUAUUGCAAACCUCAAGCACUUCAUCGCCAACGAGCAAGAAUUGUACCGCCGCCCCUACUUUGGCGUUGAAGCUGCAUCAUCCAACGUGGACGACAAAACCCUGCAUGAGUAUUAUCUCUGGCCUUUCAUGGAUGGUAUCAAGGCAGGUGUUGGAUCUGUCAUGUGCUCCUACAACCGCAUCAACAACACCUACGGCUGUGAAAACAGUAAGCUCAUGAAUGGUAUUCUUAAGGGCGAACUUGGCUUCGACGGCUUCGUCAUGCUUGAUUGGAACGCGCAACACAACCUCAACAGCGCCAAUGCCGGCCUCGACAUGCUUAUGCCCAUGGGAGGAGCUUGGGGUCAAAACUUGACCGACAGUGUGAAAAACGGCACGGUAAAAGAGUCCAGAGUCACUGACAUGGCAACAAGAAUCAUUGCGUCUUGGUACCUCGCAGGUCAAGAUGGGGACAAGUUUCCCACUCCUGGAUUUGGCAUGAGAAACUUCUCGGUUCCUCACGAGGCCAUUGACGCGCGUGUUCCUGAAUCCAAGCCUAUCAUCAUGGAGGGUGCCAUUGCUGGUCAUGUCCUUGUCAAAAACACCAACAACACCCUUCCUUUCAAGGGCAAGCAAAAGAUUUUGUCCGUUUACGGAUAUGAUGCCUCUAUCCCACAAACCAAAAACAUUGACACACUGUUCCAAUUGGGCUAUGAAUCAUACCCUGAGCUUGCUCUCGCUGCUCUUGGCACUGAACAACACUGGGACCAAGCCGCCCGCGGAGGCACCAUCUUUACUGGCGGUCGUGCAGCAGCAAACUCUCCCGGUUAUAUCAUCGACCCUCUGAGCGCCAUUCAGCACAGAGCUGCUAUUGACGACACAUGGAUCAACUGGGAUCUCAAGUCUUCGAACCCCGACGUAAACGGCGCCACCAACGCAUGUCUCGUCUUCAUCAAUGCCAUGGCUACAGAAGGAUGGGAUAGAGAGGGUCUUCACGAUGAUGAAAGCGAUGCUUUGGUGCUCAAUGUCGCCCGCAAAUGCCCAAACACUAUCAUCGUCAUUCACGCAGCUGGUAUCCGCCUUGUGGAUCAGUGGAUCGAGAACCCCAACAUCACCGCAGUUGUCAUUGCUCACUUGCCUGGUCAAGACAGUGGUACUGCCCUGGUGAAGCUUCUGUACGGCGAGGCCGCAUUCUCUGGCAAGCUUCCAUACACCAUUGCCAAGAACGAAUCCGACUACAGCGUGUACAAGCCCUGCGGAUUGGCGCACCUUGGCGACACUAACCCCCAGUGCGACUACAAGGAGGGCGUGUAUCUGGACUACCGUGCCUUUGAUGCCAAGAACAUCACCCCCCGCUACGAAUUUGGAUACGGUCUGAGUUAUACUACCUUUACAUAUGACUCUAUUAGUGUCUCCACACACGGACCAAUGCAGCCAUGUUCACACAUUGGAGAUGAGGUGUGGGAGAAGAUUGCCACUGUGGAGGUUGAGGUUACAAACAAUGGCAAGGUUUCUGGUGCUGAAGUUGCUCAGCUCUAUCUUGGUAUUCCUAACAGCCCUCCCAAGCAACUGCGAGGAUUCGAGAAGCUGCGAUUGGAGCCCGGCCAGACCGGCAAAGCUACGUUUGAGCUAACCAAGCGUGAUCUUAGCAUUUGGGACGUCGUCUCUCAGAAGUGGACGAUUCAGUCUGGUGCGCACAAGAUCUACGUUGGCGCCAGCAGCCGUGACAUUCGACUGCAUGGCAACCUUCAGUUUAGUUGACUCGGUUACGGGAUGAAUGCGGACGACGAAUCCGUGGAUGAGCUGUAGAGAAUUCCCUGAUUUCCAUGGAAAUAUGACUUCAACUACUACGUAAAUACAUAAAUAGACACAAAAUAAUACCACAUAGUGUGCGAUGCAUUGUCACUAUUUCUCAGGAUCCACAGCCAUACCUUGGCGCAAAAUCUCAAUCUGCUUCUGAAUCUCAACCCAAAGGACAUUGUCGUCGAGACUAUCGUUGUCUUCCGAUUUUCCAAUGACCCCAAUCCAGUCGUCUUUCAGCUCGACUGUCAAAACGCCCAUCUUCUGGGUCAUCUCAUCAGUGCCAGUCGAGGCUCGUGCAAUAGCAAGCAGAGCAGCUACAAAAGCUUCUUGCAUGUACGCAAAGCUGAAGCGGUCCGUAAUAUUGGCGAUUGCUUCACAGAGGUUGUCGGGGAAGUCAAUGUCUUUGUUGCCCGCCAGCUUCUUCUGCCAGAACUCGCAAUAGGCUACUCGUUCUUUGUAGUUGGGGUCUGGGAAAAAGUACUUUCGGUCAAACCUAGAGGGACGUUG